UUAGAAUAUCCAAGAAGACCUAACAAAUUACAUCGCUCCAGGCGUAACCUUUCAGCUUAUCUUGGAACAUACGGGAAUUUCGCUUAUGGAAACGUCACUAUUCUAUAUGACCCUGAAGUGCAAGACAACACAAGUUUAAUUUUACAAUAUGGACUGUUUGACUUUGAGCUAUUCCCGGGAAAUAAAACCGAUCAUUUUGAACUUGAUAUAUUCUGGGUGAUACCGCAAACUGUACAGUUUUGGAGUUCAAUGGGAAACAACGAGAUUGAUCGUGCUGAAAUUCAGUUGGAUCCAAGAGAUGUUCCUUAUAGUUACACAAAGGGUCUGAAGUUCUCUCAGGCCCCACCUCCAAAUACAGGGGCAUGCCCAACUGCCCAUCCACCACCAUCCAGAACUCCAUCGCCUACGAAAAGUGGAGUGAGCUCAGUACGAGCUUAUCAAAUUCUGUGGGUCUUCUUUGUGAUUUAUAUGAUAGACUAUUUUGAUUUAUAUGACGGGCUAUUUUGAUUUAUAUGAUGGACUAUUUUGAUUUAUAUGACGGGCUAUUUUGAUUUAUUAUAUGACUGAGCUAUAUGACUUGACUGUAAGACAUGAAUUUGCACGCACUUCAUAAUCAUACCAUCACAGUCCAAAAACUGUACACGCGAUAAAAUGAAAGAACGAUUACUGUAUUCAUGAAAAUAUAAGAUCAC